AUGGACAUUCCGAGAAACUCAUCUCUGGAGGAAAUAAUUAAGCUCUGCACGGAUCUGUUUUUUCCAGGGGGGGAAAAUGAGGCCAAAAGUGUUCGGUUGAAAGAUGUCCACACCAACGUCACAACGUUCAGUGGGAAAACACUGGACUCGUUUGGUGAAGAGUUUACUCUUUGGCGUUUUUGCCAAGAGUUAAAGACCCACCCUGUGCGCGUGUACCUGGUAACUUCGGUGAAAUCGGAUGACAUAUCUUCCGAUGAUGAGGCGGACGAUGAGAACGACUUGCCCCAUAUCAACAUCACUGCUGAGACAUCGUCACGCUCAAAGGUUGUGCCGAAAUCCACCUGCUCGCUGGAAAACAUUGCACAGCCAGACACUCCUACGGUGUCUUUUCCAGGCCACAGAAAAGUUGGUGGAAGUGACAGAGAGGACCUGUAUGAAACGUAUGUCAACUUACUUGAAGACAGCGACGAUGCACAAAGUGACGAUGCACCUACAACGGAUGUGGAUGCAGUGACUACCGAGUAUCAAGAUGAUCUGGAAUCCUUGCCUGACAUACACCAACGGGUAACUUCUCUCGUAUCGAGCACACCUUUUACAUUGAUUGUUCACCGCAGAAAGAUCCUGACGUCAACUAGGAGGGCCAUCAAGUCCACUGAAUUCAGUUUUUGGAAAACUCCCUUCGUGACAUUUGCAGGCGAAGAGGCGGAAGACAACGGGGGGCCACGACGAGAAUUUUUCAAGCUGCUAAUGGGCGAGGUGUUGGCCGGGGGAGUUUUUCAGGGUGUUCAGUCAGGAAUGACGUUCACAUACAACUUGCAACUUCUUAAAGAACAGGCAUAUAAGACCGCCGGACAGUUUCUGACCUGGAGCUUUGUAAACGGAGGACCAGGUCUUGCUGCCCUUUCACCUUCCCUUUUUGCUGCCAUGACGGGUAAACAUGUUAACCCAUCAGACAUAGAGCACAUAGCUGACCCCGAAUCUCGCGGAAACUUGAUUAAGCUACAGAAUUGCAAGGACCAACAGGAAUACGAGAAGACAGUCCUUGAUAUCUCUGAUUGGUUGAUCCAAGAGGGAGUCGGCAAAGUCUUUGGGCUGCAGCUGAAGCAGCGUGACGAGCUUGUUAAUGACCUUUUGAUGCACGAGGUUUAUUACAGAGUACAACCAGCUGUAAACCAGUGCAUUGAAGGCCUAGGGCCACUUUGGCCUGAAAUCCUAAAGAACCCCACUGCAACGGCCCCAUUGUUCGUGACCCAAAAUAAUGAACUGACACUACGAGACAUGAAGAAACUCUACAGGAUCAAUUAUUCACCUGAUGGGUCAAACAGACACCUCUCUGAGGAGGAUACAGUGUAUUCCUUCGAAAUCUUCCUUCAGCGCUGUGCCGAGAAGUCUGCAGAUGUUUCCCUUGGGCAACUGUUGGAGUUUUGGACGGCGGCCGACAAGAUCCCUCCUUGUGGGUUUACAGAAAGCCUUGUUGUGGACUUCUACACGCCUGUUACCGGAAUCCGUCGUUUGCCCACUUCUCACACGUGUGGUCCAAUUCUUUGGCUCCCCAGAGGCGUGGAGGAACCUGAUGACCUCCAAGACCUGAUUGUGGAAGCCAUACAAAACUGUCAAGGUUUUGGAAAAAUCUAACUCCUGUCAUCAUCCAACACCAAAUAAAUUCUAACUUCGUAUCUGUUGAC